CGAGGAGGAAAGAUGGCGGCGGGCUCGGAUCUGCUGGACGAGGUCUUCUUUAACAGCGAGGUGGACGAGAAAGUGGUGAGCGAUCUGGUGGGCUCGCUCGAGUCGCAGCUGGCGGCCAGCGCGGCCCACCACCACCACCUCGCGCCGCGCACGCCCGAGCUGCGGGCCGCGGCCGCCGGCGCGCUCGGGAACCAUGUUGUGAGCGGCAGCCCGGCCGGAGCCGCGGGCGCAGGGCCGGCCGCCUCCGCCGAGGGCGCGCCCGCAGCGGCGCCGGAGCCGCCCCCCGCAGGGCCCGCCAUGCCGGGCGCGCUGCCGGGGCCUGCGCCCGGGACCCCCGUGGGGCUGGCGAAGGGUGCGGCCGCGGCGACCCCCAGCCUGCCUCGGACGCCGGCGGCCACCACCGGCGCUAUCAGGGCCACGCUGACGCCCACCGUGCUGGCCCCGCGCCUGCCGCAGCCGCCGCAGAACCCGACCAACAUCCAGAACUUCCAGCUGCCCCCAGGAAUGGUCCUCGUGCGGAGUGAGAAUGGGCAGUUGUUAAUGAUCCCUCAGCAGGCCCUGGCCCAGAUGCAGGCCCAUGCCCAGGCCCAGCCUCAGAGUACCAUGGCACCCCGUCCUGCAACCCCCACAGGUGCUCCACCUGUCCAGAUCUCCACCGUGCAGGCUCCAGGAACACCUAUUAUUGCACGGCAGGUGACCCCAACUACCAUAAUUAAGCAAGUGUCUCAGGCCCAGACGACGGUACAGCCCACUACAACCCUACAGCGAUCUCCCGGGGUACAGCCUCAGCUGGUUCUGGGUGGCUCCGCACAGCCAGCCUCACUUGGAACAGCCACAGCUGUUCAGGCAGGGACACCUCAACGAACAGUCCCUGGGACCAGCACCACCUCUACAGCUGCCACGGAAACUAUGGAAAAUGUGAAAAAGUGCAAAAGUUUUCUAUCUACAUUAAUAAAACUGGCUUCCUCUGGUAAACAGUCUACAGAGACAGCGGCUAAUGUGAAAGACUUAGUACAAAGCUUACUGGAUGGGAAAAUUGAAGCAGAAGAUUUCACUAGCAGGUUAUAUCGAGAACUGAACUCUUCACCUCAGCCUUACCUUGUGCCUUUCCUGAAGAGGAGCUUACCUGCCUUGAGACAGCUGACCCCAGACUCCGCGGCCUUUAUUCAGCAGAGCCAGCAGCAGCAGCCGCCCGCCUCGCAGGCUACGACUGCACUGACGGCUGUGGUGCUGAGCAGCUCAGUGCAGCGUACAGCUGGGAAGACAGCUGCCUCGGUGACCAGCGCCCUCCAGCCCCCGGUCAUCAGCCUCACGCAGCCCACACAGGUUGGCGUUGGCAAGCAGGCACCGCCCACACCACUGGUGAUCCAGCAGCCCCCGAAGCCUGGAGCCUUGAUCCGGCCCCCGCAGGUGACCUUGACGCAGACACCCAUGGUCGCAUUGCGGCAGCCUCACAACCGGAUCAUGCUCACCACACCACAGCAGAUCCAACUGAACCAGCUGCAGCCAGUCCCUGUGGUGAAACCCACCGUGUUACCUGGAACCAAAGCCCUUUCUACUGUAUCUGCACAAGCAGCUGCUGCACAGAAAAACAAGCUCAAGGAGCCGGGGGGAGGCUCCUUUCGGGACGAUGAUGACAUCAAUGAUGUUGCGUCAAUGGCUGGAGUGAACCUGUCUGAAGAAAGUGCAAGGAUAUUAGCCACAAACUCUGAGUUGGUGGGGACGCUGACCCGGUCCUGUAAGGACGACACCUUCCUCCUCCCCGCGCCUUUGCAGAGGAGGAUGCUGGAGAUAGGUAAAAAGCACGGCAUCACGGAACUGCAUCCAGAUGUAGUGAGUUACGUGUCUCAUGCCACACAGCAAAGGCUGCAGAAUCUUGUAGAAAAAAUAUCUGAAACGGCUCAGCAGAAAAACUUCUCUUAUAAGGACGACGACAGAUAUGAGCAAGCGAGUGAUGUCCGGGCUCAGCUCAAAUUCUUUGAACAACUGGAUCAGAUUGAAAAGCAGAGGAAAGAUGAGCAGGAGAGGGAGAUCUUAAUGCGGGCAGCAAAGUCUCGAUCCAGACAAGAAGACCCAGAGCAAUUAAGGUUGAAGCAGAAAGCAAAAGAGAUGCAGCAGCAGGAGCUGGCACAGAUGCGACAACGAGAUGCCAACCUCACUGCACUGGCAGCGAUCGGGCCCAGGAAAAAGAGGAAAGUGGACUGCACUGGGCCAGGAUCAGGAGCAGAGGGCUCAGGCCCAGGCGCAGCAGUCCCAGGCGGCUCCGGCGUGGGAACCCCCAGACAGUUCACACGGCAAAGAAUCACGCGGGUCAACCUCAGGGACCUCAUAUUUUGUUUAGAAAAUGAGCGUGAGACAAGCCAUUCACUGUUGCUCUACAAAGCAUUCCUUAAAUAACAGGAUGAGCCGGCGUUUCUGAUGGGAUGCUUGCGGACGUUUUUAUAUAUUUGCAGAUUACACCUUUUUGUAACAAGCAAAUGGGAUAUUGUUUAAAAACAGC